AGGAAAUCUGUGAAAUUUUAACUAGGAAUAAAUUUUCAUUAAUUAUUGAUGCAUCCACAGACCGUUCAUGCACAAAACAUUUGUGUCUUGUUUGUAGAUACCGUCAUAAUAAUACUUAUAAAAAUAUUUUUUUCUUCUAGAAUCCAAGACACUUUCCUUGCAUUACUGCCAAUCAAAGAAGUUAGAGCUGAAGAUCUGUAUAAAGAAAUUACCAACUUUUUUAGCCUGAAGAAAAUACCGUAUGCACCUGAUGGGGCAAACGUUAUGGUUGGAAAACACAAUUAAGUAGUAUCUAGGUUAAAGGUAGAUAUACCAAAUUUUUAUGUUGUUAAGUGUAUUUGUCACAGCUUUCAUCUAUGUGCGUCAUAUGCUUGUUUAAAAUUACCUA